UGUAUAUAUGGCGAAGUAAAAGGAUUGGGGUCAAGGCCUUGUUUCUUGCCAAUCGCUAUUACGCUCUGCUCGUCAAUAUUAUUGCGACAGUCCUUGAAUUCAAGGACUUCAGUUUAGAAGGCUGCAAGGCUGCGAUGCAAUUCCGUCAAUUGUCCGUCCUUCUUACCGCGGUUAUUGUUGCUGUACUUCUGGUCCUGCGUAUUUACGCUCUCUACGGAUGUAGCCGGCGGGUCCUGGUGGGUCUAGUUGUUGUCGGUAUCACAUUGGCGGGCAUUAGCGUGUGGCAAGUACUCUCAGGGCAUAGCGAUAUCAGAAACUCGCCUGGGUGUCACAUCGCUUAUGAUCGAGAAUCGGGCAUCCGCACCGCUACAGGGUGGGAAGCGUUACUGGUGAUGGACACCCUAGUCUUCGCCCUGACUCUGAAAAAGACCCUGGGUGACCGCCCUCGUAAUUCCCGGCUCACUCUCACGAGGACGAGCGACUUGGUAAACCUCAUGCUACGAGACGGCACUAUUUACUAUAGCGUCAUGGUUCUGGCCACUGUUGCCAAUAUUCUGACAUUCUACCUGUCUGCCCCUCUGAUAAAGGGCGUCCUAUCAACCUUCACCAGCAACAUCUCUGUUACAAUGCUCUCGCGCCUAAUGCUUAACAUCCACCAGAAUGGCGACCUCAACUCAUCCCGUACCACCCUCGAGGUAUUCGGGGCGGCCUUCACGACCAACCUCGUGAUCGACGGACACGGCACGGAUUUGCGGCCCAUGACAUUCCGCUCCGGCGUGGCCGGAGAGACCUUGCGGGAUAGAGACGAAGAUCUGGAGGAGCAACUACCGCUGGAGGAUCUCUCUGUCAGACGACGGCGCGAUAUCCAGACUGUCAAUGAGUCUGACGAACGGACGUUUGAUUAGACUAAGAGCAAGACUGCGCGGUGUGAUCUCGAUGGUUGCUUGAUUAUUUUUGAGUGUGAACGCUGUACUGAUCGCUGCGACAUUGUUUGUACUAAAAUACCCGCGGGAUGUGAUACCAUCUAAUGUAGCAUUAGCAUCUUCGGCCUUGGUAGCGGACAGCUUCA